AUGAUGACAGCGGAGUGCUCAAUGGCAACUGGAGUGAGAAUUAUAUGGAUGGUGCCAACCCCGCAGAGUGGACUGGCAGUGUAGCCAUCCUAAAGCAGUGGCAUGCCACGGGCUGCCAACCCGUGCGCUAUGGGCAGUGCUGGGUCUUUGCUGCUGUCAUGUGCACAGGUAGGAGUGAUGAGGUGCCUGGGGAUUCCCACCCGCGUGAUCACCAACUUUGACUCUGGUCAUGACACCGAUGGUAACCUGAUCAUUGAUGAGUAUUAUGACAACACAGGCAGGAUUUUGGAGAAUAUGAAGAAGGAUACUGUCUGGAAUUUCCAUGUGUGGAAUGAAUGCUGGAUGGCACGCAAGGACCUCCCUCCUGGAUAUGGAGGCUGGCAAGUGCUUGAUGCUACACCCCAGGAAACCAGCAAUGGUCUCUACUGCUGUGGCCCUGCUUCUGUCAAAGCCAUCAAAGAGGGAGAAGUCGAUCUGAACUAUGAUACACGCUUUGCAUUUUCUAUGGUGAAUGCUGACUGCAUGUCCUGGCUAGUCUAUGGAGGGAAGGAGCAGAAACUUCACCAGGACACGGCCACUGUUGGGAAUUUUAUCAGCACCAAGAGCAUCCAGAGUGAUGAGCGUGAUGACGUCACUGAGAACUACAAGUAUGAAGAAGGUUCCCUUCAAGAGAGACAGGUGUUUCUAAAGGCUCUGCAGAAGCUACAGGCUGGAAGGUCUCAAGGGCCUCACCAAGCAAACUCAAAUCCCUUCAGCUCCAUGCCACCAAGGCAGGACAGUGCCAGAAGCCCCACUACACCUUCUCUUCGACCCAGUGAUGUCCUCCAGGUCUCUCUGAAGUUUGAGCUGCUGGACUCACCCAAAAUGGGCCAAGACAUAAACUUUGUCCUGUUGGCUGUCAACAUGUCACCUCAGUUCAAGGAUCUCAAACUCAACUUGAGUGCCCAGUCUCUGUUGCACGAUGGCAGCCCCCUGGCCCCGUUCUGGCAGGACACGGCAUUCAUCACACUGUUCCCUAAAGAAGAAAAGACCUACCCUUGCAAAAUCCUCUACUCACAGUACAGCCAGUACCUGUCGACAGACAAGCUAAUUCGCAUCAGUGCCCUGGGUGAAGAGAAGAGCAGUCCUGAGAAAAUCCUGGUGAACAAGAUCAUCACCUUGACUUUCCCAGGCAUCAUGAUUAACGUUCUAGGAGCUGCCUUUGUGAAUCAGCCGCUCACUGUGCAGGUGGUCUUUUCAAACCCACUCUCAGAGCCGGUUGAGGACUGCGUGUUGACCUUGGAAGGAAGUGGUCUCUUUAGGAAGCAGCAGAGAGUUCUCGUUGGAGUCCUCAAACCGCAUCACAAAGCCAGCAUCACUCUGAAGACUGUCCCUUUCAAAAGUGGCCAAAGGCAGAUCCAAGCUAACCUGAGAAGCAAUAGGUUUAAAGACAUCAAGGGCUACAAGAAUGUGUACGUAGACAUUGGCUUAUAA